AUGGAGCGGGGUUGCCUGCUGGCCCUCGCCGUCCUGCCGCUCCUGCUGCCCGCCUGGCCGCCGCUGCGGGGCUCUAGCUCGGCCGCCGCCGCCGCCUCCUCUGCAUCGGCCGCCUCCUCCUCCUCCUCGUCGUCCGCCGCCGCCGCCGCCUCGUCGUCGUCGGCCAAGGAGCUGUCGUGCCAGGAGAUCACGGUGCCGCUGUGCAAGGGCAUCGGCUACAACUACACGUCCAUGCCCAACCAGUUCAACCACGACACGCAGGACGAGGCGGGCCUGGAGGUGCACCAGUUCUGGCCGCUGGUGGAGAUCCAGUGCUCGGCCGACCUGCGCUUCUUCCUGUGCAGCAUGUACACGCCCAUCUGCCUGGAGGACUACAAGAAGCCGCUGCCGCCGUGCCGCAGCGUGUGCGAGCGGGCCAAGGCCGGCUGCGCGCCCCUCAUGCGCCAGUACGGCUUCGCCUGGCCCGACCGCAUGCGCUGCGAGCGCCUGCCCCCGCAGGGCCAGCCCGACACCCUGUGCAUGGACUACAACCGCACCGAGGCCGCCACCCAGCCCCCGCCGCCGCCCCCCGCCCCCCAGCCGCCGCCCCGACAGCCCCCCGACGCCCCCCGGACGCCCCCCGCCCAGCCCUGCCAGCCGGGCUGCCGGUGCCGCCCGCCCAUGGUGGCCGUGUCCAGCGAGCGCCACCCGCUCUACAACCGCGUCAAGACGGGCCGCAUGGCCAACUGCGCCCUGCCCUGCCACAACCCCUACUUCAGCCCCGACGAGCGGGCCUUCACCGCCUUCUGGCUGGGCCUGUGGUCCGUCCUCUGCUUCCUCUCCACCUUCGCCACCGUCUCCACCUUCCUCAUCGACAUGGAGCGCUUCAAGUACCCCGAGCGGCCCAUCAUCUUCCUGGCCGCCUGCUACCUCUUCGUCUCGCUGGGCUACCUGGUGCGCCUGGUGGCCGGCCACGAGAAGGUGGCCUGCAGCGGCGGGGCGGCGGCGGCCGGGGCGGGGUCCGCCGGCCCCGCGGGGGGCGCUGCGGCGGCGGUGGGGGGGCGUGGGGCGGCGGGGGGCGCGGCCGAGCUCCAGCCGGAGUUGGCGGUGGCGGAGCACGUGCGCUACGAGAGUACGGGCCCCGCCCUCUGCACGGUGGUCUUCUUGCUGGUGUACUUCUUUGGCAUGGCCAGCUCCAUCUGGUGGGUCAUCCUGUCCCUCACCUGGUUCCUGGCCGCCGGCAUGAAGUGGGGCAACGAGGCCAUCGCGGGCUACGCCCAGUACUUCCACCUGGCGGCCUGGCUGCUGCCCAGCGUCAAGUCCAUCGCCGUGCUGGCGCUCAGCUCCGUGGACGGGGACCCCGUGGCGGGCAUCUGCUACGUGGGCAACCAGAGCCUGGAGAACCUGCGGGGCUUCGUGCUGGCCCCCUUGCUCAUCUACUUGGCCAUCGGCUCCAUGUUCCUGCUGGCCGGGUUCGUGUCGCUCUUCCGCAUCCGGAGCGUCAUCAAGCAGCAAGGGGGCCCGACCAAGACGCACAAGCUGGAGAAGCUCAUGAUCCGCCUGGGCCUGUUCACCGUGCUCUACACCGUGCCCGCCGCCAGCGUGGUGGCCUGCCUCUUCUACGAGCAGCACAACCGCCCCCGCUGGGAGGCCACACACAACUGCCCCUGCCUCCGGGACCAGCAGCCUGACCAGGCCCACCGCCCGGACUACGCGGUGUUUAUGCUCAAGUACUUCAUGUGCCUGGUGGUGGGCAUCACUUCCGGAGUGUGGGUCUGGUCUGGGAAGACCCUCGAGUCCUGGAAGGCCCUCUGCACCCGCUGCUGCUGGGCCAGCAAAGGGACUGCCGCCGCCGCUGCCGGGAGUCUGGGGGCGGUUGGCGGAGGAGGAGCGGGCAUGGUGGCCGCCGCCGCCGUGGGAGGACUGGGCGGCGGAGGGGGGUCUAUGUACAGUGACGUGAGCACUGGCUUGACGUGGAGGUCGGGCACCGCCAGCUCCGUUUCCUACCCCAAACAGAUGCCCUUGUCCCAGGUGUAAAGGGGGAAGGCUG